ACCAGGGAGGCUAGGUGUAGGAGACUAUUGUCUAUACCACUACACCACACAGACUACUGGGAAGACCUGGUGGAAAAUAAGAGAACCAAGGUUUACAAAAACAGUUUUAAACUACAUUAUCCAGGUAAAGUCAUUACCCAUAAAGCCACACACUUCCUUCAGACUCACAACCAAUAGAUAGGCAGUUUUGAGACAGACAGGUAUAGUUACCAAUUAUACAGAACCUCCUUAUUUUAGCUCCACCCCUAAUUUAACCUAGAUCCCACCCCAGAGCUUAUUUAAGGAUAUGGAUGGGAACAAAAAGCGUAUGUCCUCUGAAGAAGCAGGAUUCCCUGCGAAACGUUAGGACGUCGAACUCAAAAAGCACCGUGAACUGCACAUCAAAAAGAUACUGUUUGACGGGGAAAACAUUGCCAAUUUUUGUGUCCUGUUUUACACAAAAAAUUUUUUUAAUGGAGAAAAAUCCUUUUUAAACUGUUUUGUGAGUACUCACAUUUUUAAACCCUUCCUUUUUUUUGGGUUUUUAUUCCCCCCUCCUUUUUUUUCGGUUUUAUUCCCCCUUCUUUUUGGAGUACAACACCCAAGCCAGAGGGGCCUACAAAACUUCCUGUUUGGUGAACUCCUAGGCCGCUUAGGCCUUCUGGUAAGGAACUGAGUUGUUAAUCAGCUACAGGAUCCUUUUCCCAAGGAUUCUUAUCAGCAUACUCAUGGGGUAAGACCAAUGAAGACUUUUCUCCUUUUGGUUUUUAUCUUUCCUUUCUUUUAACCUUUUUUUUCCUCGAAAGGAGUUUUUUUACAGGCACAAUGAUUCCCUUAACAAACAGAUUCACAGUGUUGGAGACUUUGGAAACAGAUGGGGUGGAACAAACACUACACACAGACCAGCAUCUACACAACUCAAAACCCAGGGAAUUUUUAGAUAGACAUUUGAGGAAGUUGUAUUUUAAAUUCUUACAGGCCACACACCAUGAAGACAUUGUGACAACAGCUCUACAUACGCAAAUUUUUCCAAAGGGCAUGUCUAAACAAACACACAAACUUACACAGUUUAUCAAACCGGCAUGCCCCAAGCAACAAACUCUACAUAGAAUUACGGAAAACACACAAAAUUGGAUGAAGGCAAAUAUGCAGAUCCUCAAAGACCAUUACGUUCAAGUGAAAGCAGAACUACUGAAUCGAAUCCACAAAAUGGAGGAAACAGAAUGGCAGAUAGCAGUUAAAUGGGCCAAAGGUAGAUUCAAACACAAAUUGAGGGAAGACAUAAUAGAAAAGGCCAAAACACAAAUGGAACAGAAUCUAGUGGAAACAGAAAAUGGAGGAACUGCAUGUUUGCCUAUCCAAGUAUCAAACAGCUCCUCUAAUCCUUCUUCCACUGCCGCCUCUUCUUUUUCUUCUUCGUUGUCUUCUUCAAUCUCUUCCUCUUCUUCCUCCAAACAGAGUCCGAGUAAAGACGACACAAACCUUGUGGCAAGUUCUCCACAGAUGCAUUUAUCGAAAAGCAAUGGAACACCUCGGCCUUUAAACAACAACUCCGAUAAGACCAAGGGGGAGCCGACCCAGGGGGAUAGGAAGCAGGAGAGGAAGGAGGUGAUGAAUGGGUCUACAGAAAGGAAGACCACGUCCUUGAGAAAAGCCCGAUCUGAAUCCUCCCUUUCCCUUUCCCCUUCCUCUUUCUCGUUGACUCCCCUGCAUGUGGAACAUCCGGACAGGGUGGAGCCCCAAAUAAAAACCUGUGAAGUGAGGAACCAUUGGGUUCCUACUAGACAUCCUAACACCACUAGAAAGAUUGCAGAUUGGACACUGGAAGUAAAGAAACCAGUUUUGUUUAUAGGGGACUCCAACCUGUCCAGAAUUCCCUAUUUUAGUGACGAAAAUGUUCAGGUGGAUAGUUACCCUGGAGCCAACUUUUUACAUAUAGCCAAGGUGUUACAAAAAUUAACCCCUAAUCCAAACACUCAAAAAGUCGUCCUAUCAUUAGGAAUCAAUAAUAGAGAACAAACAUUCGAAAGUACAACAAAAAAACAGUUGCAAGAGCUGUGGAGAAUUGCUGCAGUGGUUUUUCCCAAUGCCACGAUCUACACCCCAUUAUUAAACUACUCGGAUAUCCUACCUAGACGACAACAAGAAACUCUAACAAAACUGAACACUCAUAUACUGGCACAUGGUAAUCCAUUGCAGGAACUUCACCCACUUAGGUUCAAGGUGAACCCGAGGGACCCUAUCCACUGGACCACGGAAACGGCUUCGCAAAUGUUUACAUACUGGUUGGAUCAGUUAAACUUUUAGGAAUGGUGAAGUGCAAUAAAACAGACAACAAAAAGCACACCAACAUCAUUAACCUAUCCAAAACGUUUUGUCUCACAGGUCCGCAGGAGGAUUUACUCAGCAAGGGUCUCACCUUCAUCCCGACGCCAUGCGGUACGGACUUGGGGGAGCUGGGGAGGGAUGUCCACGCUUACAAUAGACAACUUAAAAUUUUAGACCACUUCCAAUACACAAAAUGUAAAGAACACUUACAGUUUACAGAAAAAUCCAGAUGGGAACCGAGCACCGAACAGACCAGUUUACCUAUAAAGCAGUUGAUUAAAAAGAACAGGAUGAUUAUCAAUUCUCUUUCAGAUUUUUCCAACAAUCAAGCAGAUAAUUUAACCGCCACAGAACGCAGAGCACUCAAAGAAUUACAAACCAACAAAGAUAUAAUAAUUAAACCGGCAGAUAAAGGCUCAGCGAUCGUCAUAAUGGACAAACAACAAUACUUACUAGAAGCAAAUAGACAAUUAAACAAUACCAAUCAUUACACUUUACUUCCACACUCAUUACAACAGGAAACACAAUCAUUGGUAACAUCCAUUUUACAGGACUUAAAACAGAAAGGCUUCAUUAACACUAAACAGUUUAAUUACCUUAUUGGUCCAAACCCACCAAGGCAGCGGAAAUUUUAUCUAUUGCCCAAAAUUCAUAAAGACCCACAGGCGUGGACAGUCCCUUCCGAGGUUCCACAGGGACGCCCGAUUGUGUCGGAUUGUGGGAGUGAGACCUACAAUGUGGCACAAUACAUUGAUUAUUUCCUCAAUCCUGUCUCACAACUCCAUCCCAGUUACUUAAAAGAUACAUAUGACUUUAUAAACAAAAUCAAGAACAUGACAAUUCCAGACUCGGCCUUCCUAUUCACUGUGGAUGUGGAAAGCCUUUACACAAAUAUCAGUACAGAGGCAGGAUUGCAGGCAAUAACGAAAUGUUUUAACAGGUAUCCAGAUUCAAGCCGGCCAGAUGCAGAACUUCUUCAGCUGUUGGAAAUAAAUUUAACCCGCAAUGACUUUGAAUUUAAUUCUCAAUUAUAUUUACAGGUUCAAGGAACCGCUAUGGGGAAGAAAUUUGCUCCAGCCUACGCGAAUAUUUAUAUGUCUGAGUGGGAAGAAACAUUGUUUCCAAAGUGUCCCCACUUACCCGCAGUGUAUUAUCGAUAUCUGGAUGACAUCUUUGGGGUCUGGCACCAUGACAGGGAACAUUUUGACACCUUUUUGAAUUUGGCCAAUUCCCAUCAUAAACACAUUAAAGUCAAAGCAACUCUUAAUUCGGAUAACAUUAACUUUUUAGACACCACAGUUUUUGCCAUCCCGACGGAGAAUAAUUCCAAAACACUACAUACUAAAGUGUUUUUCAAACCCACUGAUUCCCACUCUCUACUAUUUAAAACAAGUUAUCAUCCUAGACAUACUUUCAAGGGGGUAAUCAAAUCACAAAUCAUUCGAUUUCAUAGAAUUUGCUCAUUUGAUCAACAUUUCCAUGAAGCAACACAAACUCUAUUCAAAGCCCUUAGACCCCGAGGGUAUUCUAAGAGAUUCUUGAGAGCCAUUAAAAGAGACACGUUGCAGGAUCUCAGAAAUAACCCAACACGAUUGGUGCCGGAACCCAAGGAUGUCAUCCCCAUAGUCACGACUUUUUCAGAAACAUCCAAAAUCCUCAACAAUAAGCUUAAACAACAAUUCCAAAAAACACAAGAACUAUACGCACCACUUCGGUCAUUCAAACCAAUAUCAGCUUAUAGAAGAAAUAAAAAUCUACGGGAUCUCCUGGUCAGGGCCAGUUUGAAAUCAGACCGACGAGUGAUUCCUCCUAUAUUAGCAACACAUUUUCAACAGCUCAGGUCAGUGGAGAUGGGAAACAAGGGACACCUAGUGCCACAAAGAACAAACCUCAAGACCACGAAUAUCAUUUACAUGAUCACUUGCACACACUGCCAUAAGAGAUAUAUUGGAGAAACUGAAUACAGUCUGGAACAAAGGCUGAAACAACACAUUUACUCCAUUCAACACAGACCACGCAACACACACUUAAUAUGCCAUUUUGCAAGGGUUGGGAUACAGAAGCUCAGGAUCUCGGGUUUGGAGGCCAAUAGGGCAUGGAACAGGGAACAGAGAAGAAGAAGAGAAGCAUAUUGGAUAAGUAAACUGCACACAGACCAUCCUCAUGGCUUCAAUACUAGGAGAACAUCUUAGACUUGGAGACUUGGAACCAGAGAUACCCAUAUAGAGAGAGGAAAUAGGGCUAACCCAUUCUUCUUUUUACAGUAUUCUCUUCUUUCCCCCGUUGUUUUUCUUUUGUCCUCUGCUCUUUUUCUUUACCUUGUUCUUCUUUUUUUUCUUCUUUUCUUCUUCUUUUCCUUCUUCUUCUUCUCCUUUCUUUUCUUUGUUCUUUUUUAUACCCAUUCUGUCACAUUUAUUGUGAGUAAA